AUGGAGCCUGGAGAAGUCCUGCACGUGCGUGUGUGCGUGUGCGUGUGCGUGUGCUUCCGGUGGUCCCGGGAGAUCAUUCUGAAACGAGCAGCUGACAUCGCUGAAGCGUUAUACAGUGUGCCGCGGAACCACAACCAGAUUCCUGCCCUUGCCAACACUCCGGCACACACUGGCAUGAUGGGAGUGAACUCCUUCAGCAGCCAGCUAGCGGUCAAUGUCUCGGAGACAUCACAAGCCAAUGAUCAAGUAGGCUACAGCCGCAAUACAAGCAGUGUUUCCCCGCGAGGAUACGUUCCCAGCAGUACUCCCCAGCAGUCCAAUUACAACACAGUCAGCAAUAGCAUGAAUGGAUAUGGAAAUGCCGGCAUGCCCAAUCUAGGCGUCCCUGGCUCUCCCGGAUUUCUAAAUGGCUCCUCAGCUAACUCUCCUUAUGGCAUAGUGCCGUCAAGCCCUACCAUGGCAGCCUCUUCGGUCACCCUCCCUUCAAACUGUAGCAGUACGCACGGCAUUUUCUCAUUCUCACCUGCCAAUGUCAUCUCUGCAGUGAAACAAAAGAGCGCCUUCGCGCCCGUCGUCAGGCCCCAAGCUUCUCCCCCGCCAUCCUGCACCAGUGCAAACGGGAACGGGCUCCAAGCAAUGUCCGGGCUCGUCGUCCCUCCCAUGUAAGGUGACUUUUGUUCACCUACGUGUUGGUAGCAUCAAGCAUCGAAGGCCGGCUUCAGGGGACAAGUUUAGUAUGUUAAGACACGCUGAUGGAAACGGUAUCUUCAAGACAAAUCAGCACCCAUCGAAAUGCUACAGAAAAAAGACUUU